AUGGUAUAUUCUCACCAGUUUCACAAGACUCUGGCUUUCAACAAGUUUGCCAAGUACUCGUGGAUUCGCAUGGAGCUGUUGGAAGUAGUGCACGAUGUGUUCGAGGUGCAAACGAGCGUGGACAAGUUGGCGGCGCGGAUGAUGCGAAGGGCGCAUCGGCUGAUGAAUUGCACCAGGGCCGCCGUUUUUCUGCUGGACGAGGCUGGGAAUAUUGAGCCACAGGCAAACGCUGUGGAGUUCUCGAAAGUGUUCCACUCCGUAUCCCCUGGACGCACUGGCAAGUCUGUCUCCUGUCAUCAGGACCAAGUUUUGGACAAGAUCGCGGGUUCAACCGACGUCGGCGGCGGCGGUGCUAAUGCAGAAGAGUUGCGACGAUUUGCAGAACAAGUGGCUGUGUCGGGACAGGCGUUGAAUGUUCGGCGUCGGGCCGGGUGUCAAGUGAGCAGUGGCGGCAGCGAUGGUGCGAGUAGCGAACCCAGCGAAGAUCCCGGCGCCAGUCCGCCAAUCAACAUUCCUGCUGACGAAUCCUGCGUUGUGGCGGCUGCUGCUGCUGCUGCGGACAUGAAGAAGAAUGUCUCGGUGGCGUCCAGUGUCGGCGAUAUGCUGUUUCUUGCUGGUGAGACGAGCGUUGGUCGGUCGGCACGGGCGCCUAAUUUGGUUCCGAAUGGCUCCAACCAGUCGUCGAUUGAAUCAGUGUCAAUCACGACUCCGUUGCCAGCAAGUGUGUGGGGCCUCAUGGCGAUGCCCAUCAGGAAUGCGAGAGUGGAAUGUCCGAGAAAAGGUGUGGCUGUAAUUUGUAACAAGAACGCGGAGGAAUGCUUCGAUGAGCAGGACGAGCGGUGGUUCGAAGUAAGGUCAAAGGCCCGUGUUUGCGCCCGAAUUAUAGUUUUGUUGAAAAAGUUUGUCGGCCGAGAUGAAAGAAAGGCGAAGUUGUGCGUAAUGAGAGCGUACGGGGUGGUCUUGUUCCUUUGCUUUUUCCUGCUGCUUGCUUCUUCAUCUUCGUCGUCGUCUUCCCCCGGCCUGGGGCUCAACAAUGCGACCAUGUACCUGCAAGUCAGCCGUGCUGUGGCCCGACAGACCGUGGCUUUUGAAGCUCUGGCGUACCAUGCGACAUCUUCUCCGCGAGAAGUGGAACGCUUUCUGUCCAUGGAACUGCCAAGUAUCGAAGAAUGGAACCUAAACGCUGUGGACUUCGAUGACUUCAGCCUUGACGCGGACCAAAUGGUGCUGGCUGCAGUAGCCAUGUGUCAAGAUCUUGGAUUGCUUCGCCGAUUUUUAAUCCAGCCC